CCGCCGCGGUCCCCCCGCGCGCCUGCGGCCGCUGACAUCACGCGGUCUGAGGCGGCGGCGCCCCCCGGCUCAGCCCCGCAGCCCCCUCAGGCAGAGGCGCCGCCGCGGUGUCCGGCGGAGGAUGGUGCGCACCGUGCGGGCCGCUCCCCGCAGCCUCAGCCGCAGCAGCGCCUCAGCCGAGCGGGCCGCGGCGGACAGCCGACCCCCGCACCGGGCGUGCGACGGGCCGGCGCGCUGAGGCUCGGACGCCAGAGCCCGGGCGACGCCGCGAUCCCUCGCAGCGGCCAUGGGGGCCCUGACGAGCCGGCAGCACGCGGGCGUGGAGGAGGUGGACAUCCCGUCCAAUUCCGUGUACCGCUACCCGCCCAAGUCCGGCAGCUAUUUUGCCAGCCACUUCAUCAUGGGAGGAGAGAAGUUUGACUGCACACAUCCGGAGGGCUACCUGUUUGGCGAGAACAGCGACUUGAACUUCCUGGGAAACAGGCCAGUCUCGUUUCCUUAUGCUGCCCCACCUCCCCACGAACCUGUGAAGACUCUGAGAAGCCUGAUCAACAUCCGGAAGGACACGCUGAGACUUGUCAAAUGUGCUGAGGAAGUGAAGAGCCACGGAGAAGAGGCGGGCAAAGCGAAGGUCCACUACAACGUCGAGUUCACCUUUGACACAGAUGCCCGGGUAGCCAUCACCAUCUACUAUCAGGCCACUGAGGAAUUCCAGAACGGCAUUGCCAGCUACAUCCCAAAAGACAACAGCCUGCAGUCAGAAACCGUGCACUACAAGCGAGGGGUGUGCCAGCAGUUUUGCCUGCCCUCCCAUACGGUGGACCCCUCAGAGUGGGCUGAAGAGGAGCUUGGCUUUGAUCUGGACCGAGAGGUCUACCCUUUGGUAGUGCAUGCUGUGGUGGAUGAAGGAGAUGAAUAUUUUGGCCACUGCCAUGUGCUUCUGGGCACCUUUGAGAAGCACUCAGACGGGACCUUCUGUGUCAAGCCCCUCAAGCAGAAGCAAGUGGUGGAUGGCGUCAGCUACCUUCUUCAGGAGAUCUACGGGAUUGAAAACAAGUACAACACACAAGAUUCCAAGGUGGCAGAGGAUGAUGUCAGUGACAACAGUGCGGAGUGUGUGGUGUGUCUCUCAGACGUCCGUGACACUUUGAUCCUGCCCUGCCGGCACCUGUGCCUCUGCAACACCUGUGCAGACACCCUGCGCUACCAGGCCAACAACUGCCCCAUCUGCCGGCUGCCCUUCCGGGCACUGCUUCAGAUCCGAGCCAUGAGGAAAAAAUUGGGCCCUCUGUCUCCAAGCAGCUUUAACCCCAUCAUCUCUUCCCAGACUUCGGACUCUGAGGAACAUUCAUCCUCAGAGAACAUCCCUGCGGGCUAUGAAGUGGUGUCUCUCCUGGAGGCCCUCAAUGGGCCCCUCACCUCAUCCCCAGCGGUGCCUCCCCUUCACGUUCUUGGAGAUGGCCACCUCUCAGGAAUGCUGCCGUCCUAUGGCAGUGAUGGCCACCUGCCCCCUGUUAGGACACUGUCCCCCCUUGACCACCUGUCUGAUUGCAACAGCCAAGGGCUCAAACUCAACAAGUCUCUCUCCAAGUCCAUUUCCCAGAAUUCUUCUGUGCUUCACGAAGAGGAAGAUGAGCGCUCUUGCAGUGAGUCAGACACUCAGCUCUCUCAGAGGCUGUCAGCCCAGCAUCCUGAAGAGGGACCUGAUGUGACUCCAGAGAGUGAGAACCUCACGCUGUCCUCCUCAGGGGCUGUUGACCAGUCAUCUUGCACAGGGACUCCGCUCUCUUCCACCAUCUCCUCCCCAGAAGACCCAGCCAGCAGCAGCCUGGCCCAGUCAGUCAUGUCCAUGGCCUCCUCCCAGAUCAGCACUGACACCGUGUCCUCCAUGUCUGGCUCCUACAUUGCACCUGGCACAGAAGAAGAAGGAGAGGCCCCACCUUCCCCCCGAGCUGCUAGCAGGGCCCCUUCAGAAGAGGAGGAGACCCCAGCAGAGUCCCCAGACAGCAAUUUUGCUGGCCUUCCAGCUGGAGAGCAGGAUGCAGAGGGAAAUGAUAUCAUGGAGGAAGAGGACAGAUCCCCUGUGCAAGAAGAUGGUAAAAGAUCUGGUCCCCGCUCUCACAUGUUGCCUUCCUGGCUAGUGCUAAGGGGCCAGAGGACAUGCGCAUUUCUAGGCAUGGAGUGUGACAAUAACAAUGACUUUGACGUCGCGAGCGUGAAAGCACUGGACAAUAAGCUGUGCUCUGAGGUCUGCUUACCCGGUACCUGGCAACAUGAUGCCGCCAUUAUCAACCGUCACAAUACCCAGCGCCGGCGACUAUCACCCAGCAGCCUGGAGGACCCUGAGGAGGACAGGCCUUGCGUAUGGGAUCCUUUGGCUGUCUGAGGGCACUGGCACCUGUACCUGGGCUUCCCCUCCUGUCCGCCUUCCAUCUGUCCUCACUGGACCACAGGCCUUCUGGGCAUCUUCAACAAGACACGUGGACUUUCUACUCUCAUGAAGGGAGGACAGUGCAACCCUCCACCAACUUCAUCUCCUGUAACCAUGAUUCUUACCCUCUCAGAAAGUACCAGAAGCCUUCCUCCUGUGGGCUGAUGUGUGCCAGCCAAACCCAGUGGGUCAGCUGAGCUGAGGGUCAGGGCUGGUUGUUUCUGUAGCCUUUUCUCUUCCAAAUGGAGACCAACGAGACUGAAGAGUUUGGCAGCUUUGUUAGACACCCAUGGACAGGUUUUUGUUUCUGGCACCUCAUAAGCAAUUAGAAACCUAACUCAAAGCGGUCAGGAACUGGCUCCAUGAGGGACACCAUCCACACCUGCCUCCCAGAACACCGGGAGCUCCUUACUCGAGCCUAAGGGAUUGGUAGCAGCUGAAGUGUUGGUUGGGAGCCAGAUCUACUCAGAGUUGGUCUCCUGCACCUCCUGUGCCACGGUUAGGAAGAUCACCCUUGCAAGGCCUGUCCUCAGGUGCAGUCAGGAAGGGCUGCUGGGUCACCUCCAUGCAGCGCCAGGGCUGGCUCUUCACAUACCUUCACUGCAGCCACUGAGGGGGAGGCCCAAACCCAGCUAAGCGCUUCGCUGCCCACUUCGUAAGAGCUGAAGAACGAGGCUAAGAGCUGAUGCCCAGUGGUUCUCAAACUGCUGCGCAGGACACCAAAGGAAUGGCAAAGGCUCUGGACCAGAGGCUUAGAAGACCUCCCUACCCUAGUGUACUCCUCCCCUGCCUUUCAGAUCGGAGAUGAGAGGUGCGGACUCUCCAUGGGUUCACCAGUGCUGAGAGAUGCCAUCCAGUCAGCACUCAAAGCCACAGCCGCAAACUGGCAGGAAAUUGUUGGGUGUCACACCUUUCUCAGUUCAGUGGGUUUUACAUGGCUCUAAAGGAGAUAGAUGCCUGUCCACUGGUCUUUUGGGACAGGGAAUUAGUUGUUCAGGGGAACAUGAGAUGUUUGGGAAUCAAGAUUAGUGACAGGUACCUAGGGUGAGAUACCAGGAGCUUUAGACUUGGCUAGUGUGGUCCUGGAAAGGCUUUCCCCCAAACGCCUGUGCCCAGGACCCUGAGGGGAGAUGGGGUUGGAGAGCACGGUCUCAAACCUGCUAUGUAGCUGAGGAUGACCUUGAACUUCUGAUUUCCCUGCCUGGAUUGCCCAAGCAUUAGAAUUCCAAGCCUGCACCACUAUACAGCUCUCCUUUAUGUGGCAAUCACACUGCUAGGGGGAAAUCUGCUGUGCUGCCCAAGUGUGAUAGGCUGAGCUUGAGAUCCCAUCGCCCGUUCAAAGGCUACAUCCUAUUUUUUACUUGCCCAACAUUCCAGUAGCCCCUAUCACACUUAAGACUCACACCAGUGUACGCUGAGCAAUACCUACAUUUCCUCAAAGCCGGGAGCAGAAGCAACGGGGAAGUUCCCUUAGCCUGGGAUGGUGGCACAUAGAGCUGCCUCCUCCCCUCGAGGGCAGUAGGAAGGCGGUAUUCAGUGUGUGGUGUGACCCGGGAGGAGUGGUGGAAGAAGCUGAGAUGAAGAAGACGCAGGUAAACAGUGGCCAGGGACCCUCAAAAAAGCCAUUAUAAUCAGCCCUUCCCUCUGCCACACAAGUGUUCCGCCCGAAUUCAUUCCAUAAUCCCGGCACCCGGGUUAGAGUACCCUUUGCUCUGCCUUGCACAGCUCUGCCCCCUCACUCUGUCCUUUUACUUCUUGGCGAGCAGAAAUAGCCCAUUCUCGGGGUGGAUCCCCAUCAGCUGACACACUCUACCCAGUCCAUUUGGAAACAGUUCCUUUGUCAGGGUCCAAGCGAAAGGGCAAGCACGUUCUCUUGGUGCCUUUGGCUCCUCACCACACCACACCUUUCUAUACGUGGUACUGUAGUGAUCUCAGUCUCCUCAAGGAGCCUUUUGCUUUACCUAAUUUCAUCCCACCAGAGUUUUUACCUGCUGUGGCAUCUGCCGGGCACAAACCUGAACACUAAGCCAUCUCACUGGGGAGCUAGUCCUGUCCACCUGGUGUUGGCUGCUGGUUGCUCACUUUGUUUUAGGGCCUGCACACCUGGGGUGUGUGUGUGUGUGUGUGUGUGUGUGUGUGUGUGCCAUCUGUGUACCCCUCACACUCCCUGGAGUACACUUGUGGGCACAUUACAGUGGGGACAUCAAGAUGCAAUAUUUAUGGAUUGCUGCAUGAUUCUUAAAAUUAAAUAAAACUGUUUACAGGGGCAGGGGAGCCGUUAACUACAAAGUGAA